GCAAGUUGAAAGUGAGCAAUCAUGAAUCAUCACAGUCAGAAAGAAGCUUGCUUAACAUGGCUGAUUCAGAUUUCGAGUUCGCAUCUGACAACGGAGUGCUGCCUGUCGAGGUGGACCCAGCUGCAGCUUUCUUAGCUCAGCAAGAAAGCGAAAUAGCGGUGAUAGAGAAUUACGACGAAGGACUCGGAGCUUUGGAGGGAUCCGCUGAGUUCCUCGAACAACCGCCGACAGCUGAUUCACCUGCUCCUGUACAAUAUGAUGCCGGAUUUGCAGAGGCAUCAGCAGCCACGGUAAACGGAAACAUGUUUGUGCUGGAGUCCAACGGUCCCUCGGACAGCUAUGCGGCCAUCGCCCAGGUGGACUCUCUGAGAGCAGAGCCUGAGAGCCUGCGUAAGUGGAGGGAGGAGCAGAAGGCACGGCUGGAGCAACUAGACUCUGCGUCCAAGGCAGCGGAGGCUGAGUGGAAAGAGAAGGCCAAGAAAGAGCUGGAGGACUGGCAUGUGCACCAGAAUGAACAGAUGGAGAAGAACAAGGCCAACAACAGGGCGUCUGAAGAGGCCUUCCUGUCUGAGGCUGACGGCGACAGCCCAGGGACGGAGUGGGAGAGAGUGGCCCGUCUCUGUGACUUCAACCCCAAGACCAACAGGACGGCCAAGGACGUGUCCCGGAUGCGCUCGGUCCUCAUAGCCCUCAAACAGACACCUCUGGUGCGCUAGUACGGCCAAUGGAACGAGGGAGUGGCGACGAAGGUUUCCCUUCUUUUAAAACAGCUCGAGUUAUGAACCCUGUUUGCAUUUAGGCAGAAUGUGUACUAGCCUCUAGUCAUAUAAGUCUUCUACUGGUGUAGGGUUCUUUUAUGUCUCCUAUGUCUCUGCUACGUGUCCCUCCUGUGUCUCUGCUACGCGCCACUCCUGUGUCUCUGCUACGUGUCCCUCCUGUUUCUAACUGGAGGAAAGGUAUAUUGCUCUCCCACCAUCUUUCCUUAUUCUGAUGUAAAUGUCUCCAGUGGAAAUAUAAGUCACUACACCUUUUAACAUGGAACGUUCCGACUGCCCUCUGUCCUUUUAACGUGGAAUGUUCCGACUGCCCUCUGUCCAUUUAACGUGGAACGUUCCGACUGCCCUCUGUCCUUUUAACGUGGAACGUUCCGACUGCCCUCUGUCCUUUUAACGUGGAACGUUCCGACUGCCCUCUGUCCUUUUAACGUGGAACGUUCCGACUGCCCUCUGUCCUUUUAACGUGGAACGUUCCGACUGCCCUCUGUCCAUUUAACGUGGAACGUUCCGACUACCCUCUGUCCAUUUAACAUGGAACGUUCCGACUGCCCUCUGUCCUUUUAACAUGGAACGUUCCGACUGCCCUCUGUCCAUUUAACAUGGAACGUUCCGACUGCCCUCUGUCCUUUUAACAUGGAACGUUCCGACUGCCCUCUGUCCUUUUAACGUGGAACGUUCCGACUGCACGUGGAACGUUCCGACUGCCCUCUGUCCUUUUAACGUGGAACGUUCCGACUGCCCUCUGUCCUUUUAACAUCCCUCAACAAUGCUUCUAUUUGACCACUACAUUACUGACUUUAAGAAAAAUAUUGUUACUGUAAAGUAUUUAAUAAACUCCUCGCUCCUAAACUUCAGAGGAUAUUGGGUCAGACCCUUCUCUCUCUCAAGCAUGAUGA